CGAUGAGAUCUGUGGGCCCAUUGGCUCUAGAUCACGCAGAACGAGGUGGACUGCGCGUGCGCAAGGCUAAGACGCGCCCCAAGCGGCCGUUAAAAAUGGCGACUGUCGCUGAGCUAAAGGCUGUUUUAAAGGACACCUUGGAAAAGAAGGGGGUACUUGGGCAUUUAAAAGCAAGGAUCCGAGCUGAAGUAUUCAAUGCCCUGGAUGAUGAUCGUGAACCUCGACCACCAUUGUCACAUGAAAACCUUUUAAUUAAUGAAUUAAUUCGAGAAUAUUUGGAAUUCAACAAAUAUAAGUACACAGCAUCUGUCCUCAUAGCAGAAGCUGGUCAACCUGUAGAUCCACUGGACAGACAGUUUCUCAUCCGUGAACUAAAUGCCUUUGAAGAAUCAAAGGAUAACACAAUACCUCUUUUAUAUGGAAUUUUAGCUCACUUCUUGCAUGGCAACAAGGAUGGCAUCCAAAACACUUUCCUUAAAGAAGCUUCACUUCAGCCUCCAAACCUGAAUCUUGGCAGUCAGCCUAGUGGAAGAAAGCAAGCGGAUGGUCACCUGGAAAAGGAGAGGGGAACAAACACCAAUAUUGAAGAGCUUCAUGUUUCCCAAACAGUGAAGAGAUGACGUAUCCACUAGGGGCAUCUUUUAUCUUAACAUUAUGGUAUUGAAUAACUUAUUUAUUGUCUCAAUGUUAGCAAUGUGCACUAUUAUUUAUAUUUUGUAGAAAUUGGAGUUUCUACAAAGCACUUAGGGCCCCAUGUUUCACUGCAUUUGUGAAUAAAAGCUGUCAUCUGCUUUACUGGAUAUGACUGGAGAGAAAAUACAUUGUUUUCAGGAAAUAUUUUAAAGAUCUUUAAGUUCAUGAAAAAUGAAAGUUUUUCAAUAAUCUCUGUACAUUCUUCUAACAAAGAUUUUUAUCCAUGUGUUUUGUUCUCUGACGUGGCACAUUAAUCACAUUUUCUUUUUUUAAUCUUUUUUUAUUUUUUUAAUCAAAUUUUCUUCAACUGGAAUUAUGUGUUUUUGUAGGAAAAUUCAUUCAUGGUUUAAAAAGACAUUUAAAAGAACAUUAUAACCAGAAAAACCUUAAUUCCUGUAAAGUUUGACUUAUUUUAAAUGUAGCUAUUUUCAUUAAACUCUUCAUAAUUAGGCUGAAAUAGCUGAAUUACUACCUAAAGUUGAACUUUUAAACUAGGUAACAAUGUUCUUUUCUUUCCUUAGACCAUUUUGGCUUCUAGUAGAAGAUUUAAUUAAAAGGUAGAGAGGGAAGUCAUUCUUUUAAUUUUGCUGUAAGUAAAACAAAGAGUUUAUUAUGUAAAGAAUGUGAAAUACACAUGAAGAGACAGGCUUGGGGAGAAACACCAGAGAGUAACUUUAAUAGAUGGCAUUGUUUAAUUCCCCCAGCCCUCCCUCGGUGUUACAGUUACUGAUGCACUCUGAACGGCCGGCUCCUCUUCUCCGGCUCUGAAAGGCUGAUUAAACCUCAGUUUUCAUUCUCAGAAUUGAAACAUAUUAAGAGCUUCUCCAGUACUAUCUCUAAAUGCCUUUGAUAUUUCUUAGGAAAGUUUUAUAAUGUAGAGUCAACAGACUCACUUCUCCGAGCCAGCUGUUGUAGUAGACAGUGCUGAUUGUAUUAAGAAUGCAGCAGCACCAGCCAGAAAACUGACAAGAGUGGCAAGCGCAGAGUUCUGCUCUGCUGGCCUGACUUUGAAAGUUAGGGGAACUUUUGAUGCUAGUUAGUAUCAUUCCACUCAGAUUUAAGAAUUUUUAUCUAAAUGGGGAAAUUAUUGCUAUUGUUACUUUCUGUGCUGCUGGGGAUUGAACCUUAGGCCUUGAGCAUGCUAGGAAAGUGUUCCCACCACUGAGGCACACUCCCAGCUCCAAAAAAUAUUAAUGAUACUGCUUUAAACAAGUCAAAAGAUUUUUGAGAAGCUCAUCUACAUUUUAUAUAUAGAUGCAGAGUUUUUUAAGGACCCAUUUCUGAUUACAAUUAUGAAUUGCAUUGUAUUGUAUAUGGGAAUCUAUCUGAAUUUUCCGAGGACUUGGCUUAUAUCCAAGGAUGUUGGCAGCGGACACUAAGUUUACCUCAGGAAUCGCAAUCAUGUAGGACUAGAUUAAGAAAAAAUGCUGGAUUGUACGGUGUUGGAUACUGAUACAAAACCAUCAUCAUGAAAACUAGAAUCGUCACAUUGUAGUCCACAGUGCUUUUGUAUACAUCAUUCUGUAACUUGUUUGUGCCUAGGCAACUUUUAUACUUCCAGUGCAUCACUUAAUAAAAAUUACUAAGCAACUUA